AUGUUUGCAGAGCCGUCAAUGCCAGAGAGGCGACCCUCGCCAGGCCUGCAGCUCAACCUCUCCUCCAACAACCCCUUCCGCAGAGCUGCUUCACCCGCCUUCCCCUCGCCCGCCAGUGCCAACCGCUCGAGCUCGGGCAGCAGACCAAUGUCGCGCAAUCCCUUUAUAUCUACCUUCGAGGCCGAAUUUAACAAGGAGGCAUCCCGAGACCUCGUUGACAUGUCUGCCACCAUGAAGGAAUCUCCCAAGAAAUCAACCUUUGGCUUUGCCGCCGAAGAGCUCUUUCCACCAAACAUGGACCGCUUCAGGCGCUUCGUGAUGCAGUUUGCUGACUACCCUGCUCUUACUCAGGCCAACCUCACCAUCGAUGACAGCGACAAGAAGCGAGCUCCCCCACCACGCCCGGCUCCUGCCCGGAGCGGCACAGAUCCCCGUGCAGGCCACCGCCCAUCUCGCUCCGAAGAGGAGAGGCGCGCCGAGCGCAUGCGUGAAGCUUCUCGUGGCGGCUCUCGACCACGCGGCCCUCCCAGUUCUUCGCGUCCUCCCCACCUGAGCAGUCCCGAACGUCGUGAGAACCGCCGUCCUCGACGCAACUCUGAAUCCUCCAUCAUCGACCGAGGCUCGUUGGAUCCGCGUGAGGAGCGCAGGCGCAGGGAGCGUCGCAAAGAGCGCGAAGAGCGUGCCAAAGAUGGUAAAGAUAAGAACGGAAAGCGUGUCCGCAGGCCACAAGGUCUUGAUCUCAUCGACAAACUCGAUGUGACUGGCAUCUACGGACCUAGCAUGAUCCACCACGAUGGACCAUACGAUGCUGUGCAGCCCCACCGGAACCGUAAGAAGGACCAGCGCGCACCUAUGCAUGCCUUCCCUGUCGGUUCGGCCAACAAUACUCUAGGUGGCUCCGGACCGCUUAACACCAAGAUUGAUCUAGACAGGAUCCAUGGAAGAGGUGCUGAGGGCUUCACCGACUUUGCCGGUGCCGAAACCGAGUGGAAGAAGCCUGCUCCAGUGGCUGCAGAGUUCAGUGCAAAGGGCCGAGAAGACAUUGUGCACGGCGAGCAGACCCACGGUCUUGGAACAUCCACUUUUCUCGAGGGUGCCCCGGCAUCCCGUAAAGCGAUCCAGGAGGAGUCUGACGCUCAGCGACAGAAGCAGCUGGCUGAAGGUGGUUUGGGCCGCAAGAAAUCCAUUGCCCAGCGAUUCCGCGGCAUCUCUCAGCCCCGACGUUAUGGUGAUGGUCCUCGCAUCACCUCGCCCGAGGCACGUUACGGAUCUGCCACCAGUCCAAGUGGUCCUUACAGCGCUGGAGCCAUCUCGCAAACCAAAGCAACAGAGCAGAACCCAUUCUUCAGCGACGACUACGACAAGGCCUAUGAUGCCAAGGGUGCAACUAUCAAGACCAACGAGGGCGGACCUUCGCCACCUCGAGGCGCUGCGCUGCAACGAUCCAUUACCACAGAUAGUGUAGGAUCUCCCACUGGUGAGGGCAAGCCCAGUGGUGGAUUCCUUAACCGGGUCAAGUCUCUGAAAGGUGGACGCCGACGCCCUGCUUGA